GACCAAACUCGGUACGAGAGAAGAACUUUGGUGCAGAAACUAGAGGUAAAACAGCUGGACCCAGAUGAGCCAGAACUCACAACCUGACAACGGACCGGCGUGAAAGGGAAGCCGCGCACAACGCUUCUGUAGAGACUUCUAGGUCUAGCUAGUUAGCUACAUGCUAACGGCGUAUAUUCCUGACGUCACUGUGUAAAAGUUAACAUCGCUACCCAGCUGAGACGCACACAGACCUGCGUUCUGGACACACAACCAGGACGUGGAUGAAAACACAUUUCAUCCAAAAUAAUUGAUUGUGUGAAGUUUUGUGGUGCUUUUGAGUUGGUCUUUCGUCAACAAACUAGUUUCAUAAGUGCAUCUCAAUAUACAUGUACAUCUUCUAAUAGAUUUCAUAUUUAUAUUGUAAUAUACGUAUCCUUUAAUGUAUUUAUUAUAUGAUAUUUAUAUUUUAUAAUUAUAAUAGUUACCAUAUGUAGAAGUUUUCUGAAACUGAUUGGCUGGCCCUAGAAAAUCCACCAACUGGCUAUAAUGACGUUCAUGUUCAGAUGACCUUACGUCAAACAGCUGUCCCUCAGGGACGAUCUAACCCCACGAGACUGACCACAUUUGUUCACAUCAUGGCCCCCACCUCUACACACACACACACAUACACAAACCCCGCCCCUACUCCUCCCCGCGUGCAGGUUUGGUGUGUGCGCGCGUAAAAGCCGUGCGUAUUGUCCGAAUUGGAUAACUCGGACCAGCCUCUUCACCUGCAGCCAGCGGAGCAGCUUCUCCAUCAAGGUGAGACACAAGGACAGAUACAGGAAAACGUUCCUGCCAAAUGCAAUAAGAUGUGCAACAAUCCUCAUUUAACUGAUUAACCACUACGCUACUGUGUUAUUUCAAUAUAAAUAACAUUGCGCUACCGUCUUCAUUUCAUUUUAUAAUUUAGUUUGAUACUUAUUUCAUCUCACUGUACAUACUUCUAUUUCACUUUAAUUUAAAUAAUAGGUUCUGCUCUUCUAUUUUAUUGUUUUUCAUUGUACUGUUGUAGAUAUUAUGCAUUUUCAUUUUAAUGACUGUAUUGCUACUAUUACACACAUUUGGGGAGUAAUAAAGAAUAUCCAUCAAUGUAAGUUGGGGAGGUUUCGCGCCGUUCAUAGGAGGACGUUUUCUGAGGGGGUGGGGGACAACAAGCAACGACUUCCGGGCAGCUAAACUUGUAAUGGAGGGCUAUAAAUGCGAGCCGGACGUUUUCUCCAACAAACAAAGCUGCAAAGGAAGCAAGAUCCAAACAUGAGGACCGCUACGGGACUACUUGUGUCCUUGUUGACCUUCCUGAUGGGAAGAGCCGGCGGGAUCGAGCUGUGUCGAGUGCGCUGCUCCGGGACCCGGUGCUUCAGUGUCCUCCAUCACGCCACAGGUUUCGCAGCUGCGCGGGACCGAUGUGGAGACCUGGGAGGACAUUUGAUGACAGUGCAGUUCUCGUCAAACCAAAGUAUUCUCCCUAACUUGUUGGGGGAGUUGACGGGCCGGUACUGGAUCGGUUUACAUCGGGUGACCAAGUGCCCGGACGCUGCUGCUGAGCUGAGGGGCUUCGCCUGGGUCACCGGGGGAAACAGAAGCGAAUCCACGCACUGGUCUGCGGCUUUUGACGGCGACUGUUCGUCUCCGCGCUGCGUCUCUGUGUCCAAAGAGGACGACUUUAAAUGGGUCCAGGAACCGUGCGCCGACAACCUACCCGGGUUCCUCUGCGAGCACGGCCCCGGUGACCCGUGCCAAGCCCUUACGGACGCGCCGGGAGAUUCCGUGACGUACACCCCUCCUGUGGGGGGUUCGGGCGAGGUUGUGUGGCCCCUUCCCCCCGGGAGCAUCGCUCUCCGGAUCACGGCCAAGACCAAGUACUUCUGCUUAGCUGGGAAGUGGCAGCCGGCGACCCGGAGCUGCAACACCCACGAGGGCGACUGCCAGGGCGGGUACAAGUCACGAGGCGGCCGGUGCGUCGACGUAGACGAGUGCGCGUCCGCGCCGUGCGAGCACUCGUGCGUGAACACUCCCGGCAGCUACGAGUGCAGCUGUUAUCCUGGAUAUAAGAAGGACGCCAACUAUCCGCAUAAGUGUGCGCUUUUCUGCGGGAAGGAGGAGUGCGCCGCCGAGUGCGACCCGAACAACCCCUUCCAGUGCUACUGCCCCGACGGGUACGUGGCGGACGAGCGGAGGGGGGGCACAGUCUGCUUAGACAUCGACGAGUGCUCUUCUGAUUAUUGCGACCACCUGUGCCGAAACACGUUCGGCAGCUACGUGUGCACGUGCUCUCCGGGGUACACGCUCGUCCACCAAUUCCAGUGCGUCAAAAACGAGGGGGGUCCGAGCGAAGAGCCGGAGGGCUCCGCGGAGGCCACGAGCCAGAGCUUUCCCACCACAACGGCGCGUCCAGAGCCGACGAGGCGGCCCCAGCGGGUGUCGGUGGGGGGUCUCGCGGGGAUCACGGUGUGCACCGUGCUCUUGAUUUUGCUGGUGUUGUUUGUGGUUCAUCGCGUCCUCAGCGGCAGGGCGCACGCGGAGAGCGGCGGCGCGCGCAAAGCCGCGCAGGACGAAGCGCACAGUUCGCAGCGGGUGACGAGGGACGCUUGAAGUUGUGAACGUGGGAAGAAACCCCCCCCUCCUCCAGAGACAAUAUGAUGGCCCUCACAAGUAGUGAGACAGGAUUGAUGCUACAGGAGACAAUGCCACUAUAAACGCACGAGACAACAGUAAUAGUUCACUCAAAUACGUUCCACUGGUCUCAUCAACACAAAUACACCAGACGCAAUGUUAUAAGAUAUGUCAAUAUGUUUUUUAAUGCUACUUUUGAGUGUUGAGUUGAAUGAAUGCUACCUCAUCCACCGGCAGACUGCCCCCACCUCGUGGAGUAAGAGGAGAAGUACAUUUAAUGAAUCCGUGUACACAGCCCGUGCCUUAAGGAAUCCCUUGUCACGUGGUAAGAUUGGGGAGUACCUCUACCAUGGAGAACGUGAAUAUACAGAUAUUUAGGGGGAAUAUUCAGAAGGAACAUAUGAAAAUGAUGGUUCGAUUACCUGUCAUUGUUGUGUGUGUAGUCCCAGUUGUUGUGCAGUUGCAGUUAUCAUAUUGCAAUACUAUUACUAUGUGAUGUACUAACAGCAGCGAUGUACUGUUUACAAUAGUAAUAGUAACAGAAGUAAAAGCAGUAUUGUGGCGAUAGUGGUGGUAGUAUGAGAAGGACCUGUAGUAAUUACACAACUAUUACUAAUUCUAAUGCUACUAGUAUCCUUCUUAGUUGUGGCAUGUAACUUGUAAUACAUUAGCUAAAAGAAAAGGGUUUAAGUCCAGUGUUGAGUUAGUCUACAGGCGGCAGUGGUAGUAGAAGACUUGCUAGGAGGAGAAGUAGCAGCCAGUGGUGGAAUGUUACAGAGUACAAUGACAAGUUACUUGUACUUUAAUAGAGCACGUUUUGCUUAUUCUUUAUGAUGUUGAUGACAUCCAUGAUCACCGCUACAAAAGAGCUCCACUUUAACCAGAGUCCGGUCUAAUAUAUAUUACAUUUUUUACAGUAUUGUACAUUUUCCAACAACAUUGUCAUUGCAUUUUUUUAAUUCACAGAACGUUUUACAAUGGAAAUUAAAUUAUUACUUUUACUUUGGGUCCUAUGGGUCCAUCAUUGGUAACAGUAUUAGUAAUAGUAACCAGGUAUUGUAGCAGUAGUCGGCCGGUAGUAGUAGCAGUAGUAGUAGUAUAAUAUUGUAAUUUUAAUAGGCUAGUAGUAUCGUUGCAGACAGAAGUAGAAGUAACAGUGUUGGUGAAGAGUUCACGUGAAAAAACAAGUUGCGAUGUUUCCAAAGAGGAAGCAGCCAAAAUCAGGUUAUUUUGUCACUUGGGAAAUUGCGCAAUGUUCUGUGUUUCGCUGAUGAGUGUCACGUGAUCCCUGGCAGGAAUGUUAUCGGUUCUGGGAGCGGACUUUUUUCAGGAAAGGGAGCAAUACACAAGGUACACAACACGGCAAGCCUCCACUUCGAAAUGCCAGCCCGCCCGUUAUUUUGUGAUGCGCGUGUAUACGCAGCAUUACGGUAGUAGCGUGAAAAAUCUGACUUCAAAAUAAGAGCAGUUCCGGUGGACGCGAUAGAACGUGUCACAUCCAUUCAGCAUGUUUGUAACUCAUAUAAAGAUGUGAUAAUACAUAAAAGAUAUAGUUAAAUAGAUAUGAUAUGUAUGAUAUAUGUUAUAUCAAUAACAACUUUAAACACACAUGGUAAUCAUUCCUGCAUGCAAACUGUAUUGAAGGAAAAUGUAAUUUUAAUUGUGUAAUAAAAAAUGCAUUCACACAGACCAGAGAAUACCAGGACAUUCUUUUGUAGAAUUUCAAAAGGAAAUCCCGUAAAAUGUCAUUCAUUAUGCCUUCUAAUUUCAGAUUUAUAUGCCUUCUAAUUUCAGAUUCAUAUAUAGAUAUAUAGUUCAGAUUACCGUGUGCACCAAAGGUGUCACUCGGGCAUAAUCAGGACAUUCUGAGGUAGCAUUUACAAACGAAACCCCUCAAAAUCGCAUUAAUAAACCAAAUUUGUCGAUAGUUGACUUCAGAUUAAUAUUACACUCCCUCAGAGUUCCACUCUUCAUGAACAUGAUAAUGUCUAACAUGUCAUGGAUGAGCUGUUAUGUUGAAGUCAGAGUUUACACGCUGCCGCCGUAAUGCCCAGUGUGGCCGCGCACCGAAGAACAACGUGCGCCGGCUCGUUGGGGUGGAGGCGGUUUGUCCGCAGCGACACAGAUGUUAAUUAUUGAUAGUGUUGUUCAGACGGCUAACAAGGAGACCAAAGAGCCUCCUUAUGAGACCCAGCUGGCCAAGU